AUGACAAUGAUCUAUGCUAUAUUUGGUAUUCCAUUAAUGCUAUUAUGUUUAGCAAAUAUUGGUUCAACAAUGGCAGAUGCAUUUCGUUUUAUCUAUUGCAAUAUAUGUUGUUCGUAUUGUAAUCUGGUUAAAAAACGUCGUAAUUUACGUGCAUUACAAUCUGUUGAAUUAUCACGUAAUGCAGCAGCAGCAGCAACAGCAGCAUCACUACCACCAUCUCCAAUAACGACAACAUUAGCAUCAAAUCCAAUUCAAUCACCUACAAAUGAUCUUGAACAACCUCCACCGCAGAAUGUCGUCGAAUUUGUUGAUAAUCUUAGUAUUGAUUAUCGUAAAGUUACAAUACCGAUCAGUGUUACACUUUCAUUACUAUCAUCUUAUUUGAUACUUGGUUCAGUACUUUUUAGCCAAUGGGAAAAAUGGGACUAUUUAGACGGUGCUUAUUUUUGUUUUGUUACACUUGCAACGAUCGGUUUAGGUGAUCUUGUACCGGGUAAAUCUAUAACAUCAACACAAGUUGAAGGUAAAUUAAUCAUCUGUGCUCUUUAUGUUCUACUUGGUUUAUCAUUAAUGGCCAUGUGUUUUAAUUUAAUGCAAGAAGAAGUUCGAGCAAAAUUCCGACGAUUAGGAAAUAAACUUGGAAUUACUGAUGAUCCAAAUUAUUGGUAG